CUCGUGUCACAAGGACUUUUUGGUAUUGUAGACGGCACAAUUCAGGUACCUCCCAUGUAUACUUUGGAUAUUAAUAAUCAGCGCAUAGUUAAUACUGAUUACUAUCAUUGGCUUCGGGUGGACCAAACAAUUCGUUCUUGGUUGUUUGCCACUCUUACUCGGGAUGUAUUAACUUAUGUACAUGAUAUUAAACAUUCCUUUGGUAUAUGGGCAAGGUUGCAAUCUCGUUUUAUGUCUGUCAGUUUACCAAGGGCUAUGGAACUCAAACGUUUCUUGAACAAUACCAAAAAGAAACCAAAUCAGUCUACGGAACAUUUUUUACGUGAAAUUAAAAAUCUGGCUGAUGCUUUAGCUACGAUAAAUUCUCCUGUGACUAAUAAAGAAUUACCUUAAAGCACACUUAGUGGAUUGGGGCCUGAGUAUCAAUUUGUUACGGGUACUAUAUCAUUAUUUCCCAAGAGUUUUCCACCCGAUAUUCUCCACCCACGUCUUAUGGAAGCCGAGAAACAAGUUCUACAGCCGGCUUUUGGAGCACAUGUGGGUCAAGGCCAGCCCCACAAUCCGCCUGGACAGCAGCAACCUGGCAAUGGUGCAUACUGCGGCAGAGGAGGCCGCGGCAGAAAUGGCAGAGGCAGAACAGGCCGUGGAAGGGGCCGAUUCCAUCAUCAGCCGACCUACGGCCAGCAGGCAUAUCCACAGCAGCAGCCAGGCAGUCUGCCCGCACCCCAGCCUUUGGCCGCAGGGUGUGUGUAUAAUCCGAGGCCAAAUAAUGCUCCAUCCGGUAAAUCUGUCUUGUCCAUUUUAAAUAUUAAUGCUAAAUCUACUUCUGGUACUCACUCUCAUUAUGCAGGUUUCUCAUCAGCUGAGGGUGUUCUUGGGUCAGUACCUUCCAUGGUUGUGUGUCAAAUUUGUUUUUCUGCACGUCAUUCCGCAUUACACUGUCCGUCUUGCUUUUCACAGCCAUCUGCACCUGCUUUGGUUGCUCCGUCUGGGAAAUUAAUGAUGCUUUGUGGUAUCCGGAUUCCGGAGCUUCAGCUCACAUGACAUCAUCUGAAGGGGACUCUUGAUCAUGGAUUGUGGCUUCAGCCUACCUCUCGAGCUACUUGUGUUAUUGCUUACUCUGAUGCUGAUUGGGCUGGCUGGCCAGAUACGUCUCGUUCCACGACUGGCUUUGCAGUAUUCUUGGGCCCAAAUCUUGUCUCCUGGAAAUCCAAGAAGCAGUCUACUGUCUCCAAAUCCUCUACGGAAGCUGAAUAUAGAGCCGUUGCUUAUACUGUUCAGGAUACCCUGCAUAUUCAUUCUGUAUUGUUUGAGCUCGGCUAUCCUGUUUCUAUUCUGGUUCACCUGCUUUGUGAUAAUAUAUACGCUUCCUAUCUUACAGCUAAUCCAGUUCAGCAUGCUCGUAGCAAGCACAUUCAGAUAGACUAUCAUUUUGUCAGAGAACGUGUUGCUCAUGGAGAUCUCGUUGUCAAGUACAUCCCCACUCAGUUGCAGUUAGCUGAUAUUUUUACCAAAAGUCUUUCUAGUCAGCAAUUUCAUUUUUUAAAGGACAACCUGCGCGUUGUAUCUCCCGCACAGUUUGAAGGGGUGUAAUAGAAUAUUAUUAGGCAUAUUUGUUUCAUAAUCUGUAUUAAACUCUUUUAAUAUAAAUAGACAUGCCGGGGCUCCUAUUGGAGUACCUUUUCCCGUUAAUUCACAAUACUCACUUGUUUC